AGAAAAUACUCGGAAAACGGAUAUUUCACUCCAAUCGUUGGAGCAGCCAAGCCGCAAGUCCGACGAGUGCUCGCUCCUCCGGGCAUUCGGAAAUGCAAACCACCUCUCUGUCUUCCGCUCCGUCCUCUCGGCCCCCCUCCGCGCCACCGCCUCCGCCCCCGCACGUCGCCUUUCCCUCGCUCCGUCGCCGAGACCUCCUCUUGCUCUCAGCGUCGCCUCUUCCACUCGCGCUCUCUCCGGCGGCCGCCUCGGCGCGCGGGCUGUUCCGCAUGCCGCCGCCGGGACUGGCCAACCGCUACUUCCUCGUGCGCGCUGGCGAGUCCGUGUACGAGGGGCAGGGACUCCUCCGGACCAACCCCGUCGCCAAGACGUCCGUCGACAGCGGUCUCUCCCCCGCCGGCCGCCGCCAGGCCGCGCGCGCCGCGCUCGAGCUCCGCCGCCUUGGUGCAUGCGAGGACGACUGCUGGAUAUGGCCCUCCAUCACCCAGCGCGCCUACCAGGCCGCCGAGAUCAUCGCUGCCGCCAACAGCAUCAACCGCAGUAAAAUCGUGCCGGAGUAUAGCUUCUUGGACGCGCGGGGGCUGGGUGCGUACGAGGGGAAGAGGUUAGAAGCAUUGCCAGAGGUGUAUGCAGCUGAUAAUAUUUCGUCAGACAUCAAACCACCUCCUACUUAUGAUGGUACACCUAACGAGAGCGUGGCGGACGUAUUUGUUCGGGUAACACAGCUCAUGUCAAUACUAGAGACUCAGUACUCAGGGGAUACUGUUGUCAUCGUUUCGCCAGAUUCUGACAACUUGUCAAUUCUUCAAGCUGGGUUGAUAGGACUGGACCUGCGGAGGCAUGACAGCCUGUUCUUUCAGCCGGGUGAGGUCCGAGCCGUUGAUCCUGCCAGUAUACCUGAAUACAAGCAACCAGCCUCUAGUGUUUUUAAGUGUACAAACCCACCAAGUUGCAAAUAAUUUACUUCUUGUUACCAUACGUUUCAUAUCCCCUGUACAUGAAAGAAUAUCCCCAUGACAUUGUAUAGCUUAAUGGCUGUGUAUAUAGCUGAAAAUGCGUUCACUGCAGCA